ACGGGAUAGAAUCUCUGAUUCCCUCACCCAGCGUGGUAGAUAUGAAUCUGAAGAUAACUCACAUAGAGUGCCAUCCUGAAUGCUCGGUUAUAGUGUUCCAGGGUCAACACAAGGCCGUAUGUGAGCUUGACUAUUACAUAUUACAAAAAGAAAUACAGCGCGUGUUCAAAGUAAAAGAUAAUGUUUGUGUUGGUGGAUCUUGUUUGGUGGAAGACACAAGAGGAACAUGGCAUAGAGGAAGACUUGUGGAAAAGAGAGAGAAUACCUGUGAGGCUUUUCUUAUAGACACUGGGCAAGUGGUAGCAGUUGAGGAAACACACCUUGCUUCUGCUUGUGAUCAGUUGUUUCAGCUUCCUCCAAAGGUUGUCUUGGGUAUUUUUGCAAACAUACUUCCUCUUGAGAAAAAGUGGAGUCCAAAAGCCAUUAACUAUUUUUCAUCUCUGGUAGGAUUACAGAUUACAGGUCAUGUGAAAGCUGUUAGACCAUACCAGCUCUUCAUUCUGGAAGUGCCAAAGAUCAUUAAUGAUGUUCUUGAACUGCAGUUAGGAAAACUUAUUGAUGGGGAUUCUUUUUGUCUUAUUGUAGAAACAUUAAGAGCCUUUUCCCUAGAAACGCUUUGCAAAAAAGUGCCACAGUUGUUGCAACAGAAAUAUCCCAUCAAGGAGUUACUUACUUUCAAAAAUUCUGACAAAAUGGAUUUUUGGCCAGUUCCAGAUGCUCUCUUUCCUCGUCUACUUGUUGGCAGUAAAGAAAAUGUAAAAAUAACUGUUGCAGUAAGCCCAGAUAAAUUUUACUGUCAGAUAGAGAAAUGGCAGAAAGAGCUUGCAAAUUUGGUGGGGUCGAUGCAUUUGCAUUAUGAAGCUAACAGUACAGAAAAUAGUAAAUCUUUUGAUAGUUUAGGGCUACUCUGUGCUGCCAAAGGAAAAAAUGGACAAUGGCGUAGAGGAGUGAUAAAACAACUUCUCUCUGACUGCGUCGAAGUCUGGUUUAUGGAUUUUGGCAAUACUGAAGCUGUGCCAUCUAGCUGCAUUCAGAAACUUAGAGUAGAGUUUAUGGCAUUACCUAUGAUUUCAGUUCCAUGUGCGCUGUCUUCUUUUGGUAAUCAGGAUGAAACAGUAAUAAAAGUACAGCUGAAAGAGCUUACGCAGGCCUUGAUAGAACAAAAUUCUGUGUGUGUCCAUGUUGAUUUAUUUGAUGACAUUAAACACUUGUAUUAUAUUACGCUGCAAACUGGAAGUCUUGGAAUUAAUGCUAAGCAUCCAGAAAACCUGAAUGAGGCAGCUGUGUCAUGUGUCUUGCUUUCAGAAACAAAAAUUACAAGUAUUGCUGUAAACUACAAGUCAUGUCACGAGAGCCGCAAUUCAUUUAAGGAUCGUACUGGAAAUAAAUAUACAAAAAAGCACUUACCUAAAUGGCAUAUGUCUUUGUCCAGCCAGUGCAAAAAAGUGGAAAUGCAAAUCAAUUCUUCCCAUAAUGCUUUUGUGGUAUAUGUCAUAAGUCCAUCUGACUUCUGGAUUCAACCAUGUGAAUAUUGCAAUGAGUUUGAAGCCUUGAUGAAAAGUCUUGCAGAUGCAUAUAACCACUGUGGAGCUGAUGAGAUGAUCCUUAAAAACCCAGAACCUGGGUUGCUUUGCUGUGCCCGGUAUAGCGAAGACAUGUGUUAUUAUCGGGGUGUUAUCAUUGAAGUGCUUCAUGUAACUGCUACUGUUUAUUUUUUGGAUUUUGGAAAUACAGAUACAGUAUCCUUUCACGAUGUGAAAACGUUGCUUCCCGAGUUUUCCAAUUUACCAGCUUUAGCUGUACGUUGUGAGCUUGCUUGUAUAUUUCCUGUUGAUAAUGUCUGGGUUAAAAAGGAAACUGAUUUCUUCAAACGCAUUGUGUUUGACAGACUGCUGCUGCUUCAUGUCAUUGGAAAGCAAAACAACAAGUGUGUUGUUAAUGCGCUAUAUAGGGAUGGUUUGCAGCAGAGAAGUGUUGCUACUUGUAUGGUUCAAGCUGGAUGUGCUGAAUACUGCGAAAAGACACCAAAAUCCGUUCUAAAUUUGGCAAGAAACCGUAAAGACCUAAACAACCGCAGAUUAAAGAAGGGAAAAGUAAAUGCACAAAAUGUCUCUAUUAUUUGUAAAAAUAAGGUAUCCAGAAAUGGAGAGAUGUUUCACAAGGAAAAAUCAUUAAGUGUGUCUUCUAUGCUGAGAGAAUCUGUUGCGCUCUCCUGCUUUGGAAAAGGUGCGAUCUCUAAAAAGCCUAAGGUAUGUGAGGAAAAAUUAUUUUAUAAAGAGUUUGUGUUCAGACCAGGAACUAUUUUUAAAGUGGUGUGUUCUUACAUUGUUUCCCCUGUGGAUUUCUCAUGUCAGAUGCAAAGCAAACUGCCGGAGCUGAAUAACUUAAUGGAACAAAUUCAGGCUUACUAUAAAGAGCAUACCAGUCCUUACAAAACUGGACAAGUUGCCUGUAUUGUUAAACGUCCCAAAGAUGGGAAGUGGUACAGAGCAAAGGUUGUACAGCAUAUAUCCACAAAAGAAGUUGAUGUGGUUUUUGUAGACUAUGGUUAUCGGGAAAGAGACUUCAGGCUGUUCUUCCAGAUUUUAGGACCACUGACUUGUGUCGUUUAUGCUCUUGUUCUUACAAGCACCAACUGUUUAUGCAAUAUAGUUGACUUACAGACUCCAUCUAUUAGUGCAGAAGAAUUCCUUGGAGAACGUGGUCUCACUCAGGCUGAAUAUAUUGGUCUGAGAAACUUUGCCUCUUUGGGUUCUCUGUACAGUUUUUGCUACUCAUCCUUUAACUUGAAAGCUGGAAGCGAGGAGGAAGUUUAUAUAACUCACAUACAUAGUCCUUCAAAAUUCUAUUGUCAACUUAAUCGAAACACUGCAACUCUGGAGGCGUUGAUGAAGAAGGUUAAUGAUAUAAGUAAACUGUCAAAUAAUGCAAAAUAUGAUACCAGCAAUACGCGAUUAUGUAUAGCCAGGUAUUUUGAAGAUGGUCUCUUUUAUAGAGCUUUGGUUUCUCCUGUGGAGUUGACAUCCUAUCUGUCUGCUGACUUUGUGGAUUUUGGAAAUAGGAGUAUAGUAGAGAGAGACCAGUUGAUGCCUAUUCCAGAUUCUGCCAGUGACCUAAUAAUCACACCCAUGCAAGCUAUUUAGUGCUGUCUGUCAGGUCUUAGGAAGAAAAAAAUUCCAGCAAGAGUUACUAGAUGGUUUGAAGAAACAUUCCUGGGUAAACUGCUAAAGGCUGUAGUUGUAGCUAGAAAUGCAGAUGGACAGAUUAUUGUGGAGUUGUAUGAUGGACAGCUUAAAGUAAGUCAGAAAACUAAUGAAAAAAUUUGUGAAGAAUUGGGACUGAAAAAUUGUACGGGAGAAUUUGUUGGAGGUAACAAAGGAGAGAUAUUUCACAAGGAAGAUGACGAAGAAAUUAGUGAAGUAACUGUUAAAAAUCCUGAAAAUGUUAAAUUGAAAACUGAAGUGAAAUGCCAAGUAUAUGAUAGGUAUUGCCAGACAGAUACUGGACAGCAUUUUGGAGAUGAAGAGCAAACUGCCUGUUGCAGACAAAAGUUGUGUAGUAGGUCCUCAGAAGUGGUAACUUUACAGGACAGUGGAGAACCAGGUUUUAGAAAUACUAUCGGUGCUAUACUGGAGCACAGAGAAGAACCUCUGGUGGGAGACCCUGCUUCUCGCUUACUCUGUCAUCCUGCUCCAAAUUCAAAGGAAAGAACUAUAAAUGCUCUUUCUGAAUCUCGUAAUGAAAGACUAAAUAAUGCAGGUCAACAGGAAAGAAGUAACCAAAAUGCACCUAAAUUAUUCAGUCUUCAUCAACAAGUUCAGGUGAAUUCUGAAGUAGCAGAGGGUAUUUCUCACAUGAAUAGUCUAUCAAGCUUCUAUGUUCAGCUUGCAGAGAGUGAAAACUUAAUAACGCAACUAGCAAAACAAUUAAGUGAAAGUAUGAUGAAUAGAGGUAAUGGAAACCGCUUAGAUGAGCUCAUGGUGGGAGAUCUCACUGCUGCAGAGCGUGAUGCAUUGUUUUUACCACAGUAG